GAAUGUCGUAAAGGUGACAACAGUGGCGUGGUAACUAAAGUGGGACAUCACAUCUCAUCUCCGUGUACUUGUAACGUCUCGGCGCGCCUAAACCUCGAAGAAACGAUGGAGCGGAAAAGGUGGGAGUGCUCGGCUCUCCCAAAUGGUUGGAAAAGGGAAGAAGUGACCAGAAAGUCGGGGUUGUCUGCGGGGAAAAGCGAUGUCUAUUAUUUUAGUCCCACUGGAAAGAAGUUUCGCAGCAAGCCACAGCUGGCUCGUUAUUUGGGUAACUCUAUGGACUUGAGUUCCUUUGACUUCCGUACGGGGAAGAUGAUUUUCAGCAAGCUCAACAAGAACCGCCAGCGGCUUCGCUACGACCAAAACAACCAGAACCGGGGCAAACCUGACUUGAAUACCUCACUGCCAGUCAGACAAACAGCCUCCAUCUUCAAACAGCCUGUAACCAAGGUCACCAAUCACCCCAGCAACAAAGUGAAGACGGACCCCCAAAAGGCUGUUGAGCAGCCGAGACAGCUGUUCUGGGAGAAGAAGCUGAGUGGGCUGAAUGUGUACGACAUUGCUGAGGAGCUCGUGAAGAACAUGGAGAUGCCCAAAGGCCUGCAGGGAGUGGGACCUGGCUACGCGGAUAAGACCCUGCUGUCGGCGAUCGCCAGUGCGCUCCACACCAGCUCGGCGCCCAUCACGGGCCAGCUGUCUGCCGCGGUGGAGAAGAACCCCGGCGUAUGGCUCAACACCACCCAGCCGCUCUGCAAGGCCUACGUGGUGACGGACGAGGACAUCAGGAAGCAGGAGGAGCUGGUGUGCAGCGUGAGGAAGAGGCUGGAGGAGGCCCUCAUGGCCGACAUGCUUGCGCAGAUCCAGGAGGCCACCAUUGGCGGGACCGCUCUCAAGGAUGAGGAUGACGACAGCGCAGAGGAUGAAGAGGAGGUAUAGCCCAGGGUCUCCAGCAUUGAGCAGCUCUCGGGGUCAACAGUACUUGGACCUGGUCCAGAUCAGGUCAACCCAAUGCCAAUCAGGAAUUACAUUUCUUCUUCUUCACUUCUUCUAUAUCACUUUGCACUCCUUCACCCGAUUCCCCUUCUUAUCACUCCAACCUCAGACUACAUGGAAGAGUGACCAAUGAGUUUCUUCAUGGGUUGCUUUUAAUGGUUAUGUUAUUUUAUGUAUCUUAGCUACAAAUGUCUCUUUAUUUUAUUCCAUUUUUGUCAGUUUACUUUAUGCUACAUAGAUAAUUGAAAAAUGUGAUGCUUUAAGGUUCUAAUUCUUAUUUAACUCCCACAAAUGGCCUCCCUUUCUGGCACUCUUUGUCACACACACACACACAAACACACACACACACACACACACACACACACGCCCUCCCACUCCGCUACAGGGCCUUCUUGGAUAGGGCAAGUUGUUUUCCCCACCGUCGUUAUUUAACUUGUUAAUUAACGCUCUCAAUAGGCAGGCCAUAGCUGGCUGUUAACAGGGUGCUCAGAUCAUAGUGCUGGCAUUAUUUAAUGAAAACUUCAACAUAUAUUUAACAGUAUAAAAAUGUCUAAGCUAAGUGUUUGUCAUAAAACAAAGACCUAUACAUGAACAUAAUCACCGCCUGGCUAUUUUACACUCAUGUUUAUGAGUAGGUAUUGAUACAAACAGAUACAUAUUUUUGCUGUGUUCAGAUGUUGGUUCCCACAGGACCAGCUUCUUUUGAUAGAGCCGGGCUCCAUACAGGUCAGGAGCAUACAUCUCCCAGAACCCAUAGAGGGGGAUUGCACGCUCCUUUUGUAAAAUGCCAUGCUCGGUAGGUUUUCUAGCUAUUUUGUUUUUUUGUUGUUUUUUUUAUUGUCAAAAGUGUUUUUUUUAUUUUUUUUUCUGUAUACCAGUCAUCUUCAUAGAUUCCUUGACCAAAAUGGAGUUUAAGGUUAGUAGCCGACUCUGGAAGGCUUCCGGUUCCGGAGCCCAGUGUGGGAGAUUCCAAGUAUGUGGUUUAGCGACUAACUAGGGUGAGUUAACUCAGUGUACAUAGUAAACCUCCUAAUAGAAGAGCCCUGUGGCUUUGUUUUGCUAGGGGAAGGAACCCAUUAGGAGGCUUACCACUUACUCUGAGUGAACUUAUCCGGGUUAGUCAAUAAACCACAUUCUUGGAGUCCCCCUCUGAUCAGGGCCAGAGCUGUGGUCGGUGUCCUAUCGUUACCCAUAGUUACCUGGAGCUGUUUUCACACGGAGUAGGUAGUGCUCUCCUCUUCUUCCUUUUGUUUUCGUGUUGCAAUGCAAUCUAUUUUCCUCACGGCAAUAACGUUAGGCAGUGUUUUCGCUGUUUGAUUUCUUCUGUUUCCUGUAGUGUGGCAGAGAGCUUGACCUGCUGUCUACUUAGAUCCCCUGUGAUACCAUCAACCUGUCUGGUGUCAGUGAGAGUUGGGGCAAAAAUGGCCCCUAUUUUUAAAGUAGUUGGGGGGGGGGGGGGGGGUAGCCCUUGUAACGACCCCCUUUCUUACUAAGCGACAUGUCCUCUAUUGUUCAGUAUUCUCUCUGGCCAAUCUGGACUAAUUAGGUUCGAGUAACUUACGGCUUGUGGUGUAGUGUCCUUACAGACGUUUAGGAACAACCCAAUGCCCCUGAAAAUCAGACACCAAGGUGAUCAAUUACUCCCUGAUAGAAAAGUACAUUUUCUUUACCUCCUUCUUGACCAUCCUACCGGGAUAGUUCUGUGUAUGUAUGGUAAGACCAGAUGCUAUUUCACUGAUUUAACAUGCCUGACUUUAAGAGCCGUGUUAAUGGAUCUUGCAUCACAUACACAACCUACUUACGGCAAAUGUAGAUUUCCGUGAUUGUGUUUUUUUGUAUGAUUAUUAUUAUUGCAAGGGGUUAUGAAUGAAAAAUAAUGUUUUUUUGUUUUGUUUUUCUUAAGUAAUAAGUCAGGACAUGUUUGUGCUUCUGAAUGUCAUGUGUUUAUAACACUUUUCAUAAAGGUGCUCUAGUCUAAAUUAUCCCACGAGGAGACCUUUUUCACUUGUCUAUUCCGUUUUUGUGUGUUUGUAUGGAGACGUUAUUCAGAACCUCCUUCUCAAGCUUUGAUUAGCAGAGGAGACAUGGCAAGGUUUUGUAAAGACAAAAAAAUAAAGACAUUUGAGUAUAGAAAACA